AUGCGUCGCCAUUAUUACAACCUCGUCAAGGAGUUCUACGCCGACCCGCCUAACUACCUCGACCUCUCGCCCAAGGAAGUGAAGAAGGUGUACGACGAGAGAUCCAGGCAGCGUGAUCCCGAUGGAAGCGAUACUAUGAUUCAAGCGCCAGUGUUCCAGGCGCCGGUGUUCCAGGUGCCGGUGUUCCAGGUGCCGGUGUUCCAGGCGCCGGUGUUCCAGGUGCCGGUGUUCCAGGCGCCGGUGUUCCAGGUGCCGGUGUUCCAGGCGCCGGUGUUCCAGGUGCCGGUGUUCCAGGUGCCGGUGUUCCAGGUGCCGGUGUUCCAGGUGCCGGUGUUCCAGCUGCCGGUGUUCCAGCUGCCGGUGUUCCAGCUGCCGGUGUUCCAGCUGCCGGUGUUCCAGCUGCCGGUGUUCCAGCUGCCGGUGUUCCUGGCGCCGGUGUUCCAGCUGCCGGUGUUCCAGCUGCCGGUGUUCCAGCUGCCGGUGUUCCUGGCGCCGGUGUUCCAGCUGCCGGUGUUCCAGCUGCCGGUGUUCCAGGUGUUCCACACAUUGGGUCAGCAAGGUGGACAACCCGCCCUGCUGACACGGGUCAUCACACUCUCACUAAUCAAAUGGGAUCUGAUAGGCACUUCUGAUCUCUCUCUCUUUAUAGCUCGCUUUUCCGCGACGAUCAGGAGUGCCAGGAGUGCCAAGCCUGACAGGAGUGCCAAGCCUGACAGGAGUGCCAAGCCUGACAGGAGUGCCAAGCCUGACAGGAGUGCCAAGCCUGACAGGAGUGCCAAGCCUGACAGGAGUGCCAAGCUAGUUCAAAGGUCUCUUAGGACAAUAAUUUGGCUGAGGUGUUUGCGUAGUUAA